UGCUGUGAUCAUAGAGAAAAGUUAUCUAAGUUUGUUGCUGUUGAGCUGUUUGAGUGCCGAAAUGGACGAUGACAAUCCAAUAAGACAAGAUCUAACUGGGGUAAAGCAGCUUAAAAGAGUAUCGUCUAAUAGGCAGAAAUUUGAAAAAGCAUCAAAAGUGAAGAAUACUUUGAAGACAAAUAAAGGGUUUGGAAUACAUGGAGAGGAUGAGGUGCACCAAAAUUUAUCUCUCAAUGAGACAACGAUUGAAGAAGAUGAGUUUGAGAAACAAAAAGACAGAACAUAUUUGUAUGUGGCAGCGAUUGAUAUUGGGACCACCUUCUCGGGAUACGCUUACUCCAGUCACAAAGAUUUUAUGAAGGAUCCCCUCAAAGUAUUCUCACACCUCUGGUCAGCAGCCAACUACAUAUCACAAAAGACGUCAACAUUUAUCCUAUAUGAUCCAGAGGAUAAAUUCUAUUCCUUUGGAUCUGAUGCUGAAACCAGAUACAUCGAGCUAUUAGAUCAAGAAGACGCAGAAAAGUGGAAAGCCUUUUACAAUUUCAAGAUGAAGUUGUAUGAGAAAAACGUUACUUUGGAAAAUGCCGAACUUCUUUUGGAAGAUGAUCAAGGUCGAAAGAAACCGGCUUUGACAGUGUUUGCGGAUUGUAUUCGCUCUCUGAAAGACAGCCUAUUCAAUAACCUUGAGGAACAAGGAAUAAACAUUUCGACAGAUAAAGUCCGAUUUAUCCUAACAGUUCCUGCAAUUUGGAAUGACAAAUCGCGCGGUUUCAUGAUAAAUGCAGCCAAAGAGGCUGGAAUUCAGAAAGAACAUCUCCUGCUCUCUUUGGAACCAGAAGCAGCAGCUGUUCUUUGCAAAGAACAUCAUGUGGAUGAAUAUUAUAAAUUCGGAUCCGAAGACCUCAUCAAUUUUGACUUUUGUUCCGAGUUUGUUGUAGCUGAUUUAGGAGGUGGAACCAUUGACAUCACUACAAACAAAAUUUUGCCUUUUGGAAGUCUGAAAGAGAUAAAGAGCGCCAGAGGAGGUGACUAUGGUGGUACCAUGGUCGAUAGAGAAUUCUUUGAUUUUUUAAAAGAUUGCAUUGGUAGCGAUUAUGAUGACUUUAUUAGGGAACAUCUGUCUGAAUUCCAUGACCUCAGACAUGAUUUAGAAAUAAAAAAGAGGCAAACAGGAGAGGCUACUCACUUUUUUGUCAGCCUUACAAUAGCACCCGCCUUUGAACAAAAAAUUGACCGCUCCAAAAUGAAAGAACACAACGACCGAAUAAAAAUCAGUCAUGGAAAAUUGCAGAUUCCAGUCGAGUUUUUCCAAUCUUUUUUCAGCAAACCAAUACAAGGUAUUUUGACGUGUCUCGAGGAGGCUGUCGCAGAUGAAAUAAAAUCCAUUCUCCUUGUUGGUGGAUUUGCUAAUUCUAAACUAAUUUACCAAGCUGUGAAGGAAAAGUUUCCAAGCAAACAUGUAUAUUGCCCACCUGACGCUGAUCUUUCUGUCUUGAAAGGGGCUGUUAUCUACGGACACAACCCUGAUCUUGUUGCCAGUAGAAUCAGCAGAGAUUGGCUAGGCGUAAUUCCUGAUGAGAAUUUUUCUCCUGUGAAUCUUAAAAAUUCCAAAAACGAUUUUUAUUUGCUUACACAGAAAGGUCAUCCGAUAACGAUGGAUGAAAAAUUUUAUCAUCGUUUUAUCGUGGAUAAAAAAUGCGACAAGGAUACCAUCAGUCUAAAUAUUGUUUCUUCAGCUGCAGAUUGCUUGCCAACUUCAACCACGGAAGAUUUAAAGCGAGUUAAAAGCUUUGAUUUACCUUUGCCAUCACCAAAAGUAGCAGCACUAAGAAUUAUAGAUCUAAUAGUUAAACUUAAGGGAACGCAAUUCGAUUUCAAGGCAAGAGUGAAAUCAAGAAGCCCAUGGCUGUAACUUCAAUCCUUCAAAUUCAGAAACAAUUUCUUUUUUGUAAAUUAUAUCUUCCUUUUAAUAUAUGUUUAUUAGUUUACAAACAAUUUCGCUUUCUCUAUCUAUAUCUCUGUGUAUGUUUAUUAUUUUCAUUAUUUCCCUAAUAUUAAUAUAUAAUAACUUUAUGUACAUUGCAUC